AUGCCCUCCAGAACCGGUUUACUGACGGCGGUCCAAUUGGCCAACAUUGCCAAAACUCUAUCCGCUACACGGCCCUACGCGUUGAGCACACUGUACCUACAGUUUCAUCCGCAAGUGGCCGCCAACGUAAGUUGUCCCCUGGCGUUUGGUCGAUUUGUGGCUAGUGUGUACCAAUCUUCCGUCACUUGGCUAGGUUCCGAGGUGGACCUUCGCAUUGUGACUGGAUCGCUACGUUCCAGUGGUGCCAGUUUCGAAUCGUUUGCUAAAAGAACACGACCCGCAGCGGUAGAUUAUCUGUUCUACGACUACGCAUUAAGUUCGUCCAGUUCCGGUUGUGAAAAACGGCUCGCCGAGCGGUAUCCGGGGGUGAAGGUGGUUGAACUGGAUGCGCUCAGUGUGGAGCAGCUAUCACUACCACCCGGGUUGGAUACCUCUUUGCAAACGUAUCGCAAUGUGGUGUUGGGGGGUACGUUCGAUCGGAUUCACGCCGGUCAUAAAGUGCUGCUCACUCAAGCGGUUCUGCUGGCAAUGGAACGAGUCGUCGUCGGAGUUACAGACGGUGCUAUGAUAAAGAGCAAAAAAUUGCAUGAACUAAUACUGCCGGCCGCACAACGGAUAAAGCAUGUAAAGGAGUUUUUGGAAGACAUCGAUCCGUUUCUAAACUACGAAGUCGUUCCUAUUUUGGAUCCUUUUGGGCCCACUGCUACUGAUCCAAAUAUGGAUCUAAUUGUGGUAAGUACUGAAACGGCUCGUGGUGGCGCGAAGGUGAACGAACUGCGUGAAAACAACGGAUUGAAUCAGCUAGAAGUGUACACGAUCGAACUACUCGACGACGAAAGCACAAUCGAAGACAAAGAGGAUAAAAUCAGUUCCAGCAACCAGCGGAUGGAUCUGCUUGGAACGCGAUUACGACCCCGAAAACCCGCACCGACACAUAUCCCGGCGAAACCUUACAUCAUCGGUAUGAUUGGUGGAAUCGCUGCUGGGAAAAGCAAAAUGCUUGAACGAUUCCAAGACUUUGGUGCCGGCAUUAUUGACUGUGAUAAGAUUGGCCAUCAGCUGUACGAACCGGGUGAAGAAUGCUACCAACAGGUGGUGACCACAUUUGGGCAGGAAAUUCUUCAUCCGGAUGGUACAAUAAAUCGAAAGGCACUUGGCGCAAUUGUGUUCGCCGACCAGAGCAAACUAGAACAGUUGAAUCAGAUUAUGUGGAAAGCUAUUGCGAAACGAGCGAAUGAGAAAAUCCGUACACUUCACGAGCAACACGGAAAGGAGGUAAUUGUGAUGGAGGCAGCAGUAAUGCUUCGUGCCGGGUGGCAGAACAAUUGCCACGAAAUUUGGUCAUGCAUCGUUCCGCGAGAAGAAGCCAUUCGAAGGUUGAUGGAACGUAACCAGCUCGAGGAGCAGGAAGCAAUACGGCGCGUAGACAUGCAACCGACGAGUAAUGAAGAGAUGGUGCAACAUUCGGACAUUGUGUUCUGUACCUUGUGGAGUUACGAGUAUUCGCAGCAACAAGCGGAGAAAGCGUGGGCUAUCGUUCAGCAGGAACUGAAACCGAAACUUUAA